AUUUUGUGCUGGGAUACCGUGUCCCCUAGAAAUGUCAGAGCUCUUUUGGGGGAAAAAAAAAAUCAGAAAUGAGCAUGGCAAUAUGUUUAAUCAGAAUUUAUAUAUUUGUGCCUUCAGCAAAAUAAAUGUGAUUUACUGGAAAAUCUUGGAGUAAAUCAGGUUAUAGAUAUUUCAAAAAAAUUAUGCAUUGUAUAUUUUCUUUUUUCCUUCCUACAUUCAAAUCUAGAUGGAGACCGAGUCUCUGCUUUUGCCUCCUUAAACAGAUAACUUCCCAGGAAACUGCAAUUUAGCCACAGAAGAAGAAUAGCUUAUCCCAAGGCUACAGGCUCUGAGGCAAUGACAAGGUUGUUUACGUGGGCUUCCUUUGCUGCAGAGCCUGCCAGUGGAUGUAUGGCAGCCCUGCCUGUUUCUGCUGUGUGGAAGAUAACUUUUAUGAAGGAACUAGGAAGAAGCAGGCUAAGUCAUAUGGGGCAGGCCGUAGUUCAGAUUUCAGGAAAAUGGUUAUGCUGCACCAAGAAUUACCAGUCCAAGGUUCAAUAUCUUCUUUUGUCCCUAAUCUGCUAGUUGUCAGACCCUGGAAGAGCUCACAGAGCACUGAUCAACAUAUUUAAAAUGGUUGCAGUAAUGACUAUUUCUCUCAGAGAAGCUUCUGUAAAUUUUCUACUUUAGGUGAGCAUGUAUGUUGUAAAUAUAGAUAACUGUGUUCAUGAAUGAGCUCACGAGCUUCUGAUGCCACUUGGGAACCACUGGAUUUUAGGGGCUGGACAGUUUGGAUGUAGCAGUUUUGCUGCCCCAGGCUAGUAUGAGAAACACCAACGGCAGGACCAUCUCAGAUCUUCACUAUGACAACUCAUGCAAAAAGGUGUUGAAUUAGAUCCAUUUCCUAUAGAUGAGAAACCAUACAAGCAGUGGUAUUUAUGAGCCUCCAUUUCUUAUACUACUGCAGUGAACCAACCUUGGAUGUGAAAAUUGCCUUUUGUCAGGUGUGUGUUCCUUACAGGUAAAACAAGGGAUUCGAUAAACAAGUGGAUGUGUCAUAUAUUGCCAAACAUUACAACAUGAGCAAAAGCAAAGUGGACAACCAGUUCUACAGUGUGGAAGUGGGAGAUUCAACCUUCACAGUUCUCAAGCGCUACCAGAAUCUAAAGCCUAUUGGCUCUGGGGCUCAGGGAAUAGUUUGUGCUGCGUAUGAUGCUGUCCUUGACAGAAAUGUGGCCAUUAAGAAGCUCAGCAGACCCUUUCAGAACCAAACACAUGCCAAGAGAGCAUACCGGGAGCUGGUCCUCAUGAAGUGUGUGAACCAUAAAAACAUUAUUAGUUUAUUAAACGUCUUCACACCCCAGAAAACGCUGGAGGAGUUCCAAGAUGUUUACUUAGUAAUGGAACUGAUGGAUGCCAACUUAUGUCAGGUGAUUCAGAUGGAAUUAGACCAUGAGCGAAUGUCUUACCUGCUAUACCAAAUGCUGUGUGGCAUCAAGCACCUCCACUCUGCUGGAAUUAUUCACAGGGAUUUAAAACCUAGUAACAUUGUAGUCAAGUCAGAUUGCACAUUGAAAAUCCUGGACUUUGGACUGGCCAGGACAGCAGGCACAAGCUUCAUGAUGACUCCGUAUGUGGUGACACGUUAUUACAGAGCCCCUGAAGUCAUCCUGGGAAUGGGCUACAAGGAGAACGUGGAUAUAUGGUCUGUGGGGUGCAUCAUGGGAGAAAUGGUUCGCCACAAAAUCCUCUUUCCAGGAAGGGACUAUAUUGACCAGUGGAAUAAGGUAAUUGAACAACUAGGAACACCAUGUCCGGAAUUCAUGAAGAAAUUGCAACCCACAGUAAGAAACUAUGUGGAGAAUCGGCCCAAGUACGCGGGACUCACCUUCCCCAAGCUUUUUCCAGAUUCCCUCUUCCCAGCGGACUCCGAGCACAAUAAACUCAAAGCCAGCCAAGCCAGGGACUUGUUGUCAAAGAUGCUAGUGAUUGACCCAGCAAAAAGGAUAUCAGUGGACGACGCCUUACAGCAUCCCUACAUCAACGUCUGGUACGACCCUGCUGAAGUGGAGGCGCCUCCACCUCAGAUAUAUGACAAACAGUUGGAUGAAAGAGAGCACACCAUUGAAGAAUGGAAAGAACUUAUCUACAAGGAAGUAAUGAAUUCAGAAGAAAAGACUAAAAAUGGCGUAGUAAAAGGCCAGCCUUCUCCUUCAGGUGCAGCAGUGAACAGCAGCGAGAGUCUCCCUCCAUCCUCAUCCGUCAACGACAUCUCCUCCAUGUCCACCGACCAGACCCUGGCAUCCGACACUGACAGCAGCCUGGAAGCUUCGGCAGGGCCCCUGGGUUGUUGCAGGUGACUAGCCGCCUGCCUGCGAAACCCAGCGUUCUUCAGGAGAUGAUGUGAUGGAACACACACACACACACACUCACACACGCUCAGACACACGCACACACAAACGCAAACACACAACAUCAAGGAAAUGGCAAGGGAGUGAAUCCAAGCCUAAAAUCAAAACCAGUCUUUCAGCCUGCUUCUUCCCCAGAGCCCUGUAUCACAGCUAAGCUCAAACGCGUAUCUAACUUCUAGUUGCUCUUGCUUCGGUCUUCUUCCGAUGAUGCUUAACUACAGAAGGCAAAUCACACAAUCACACACGAUUAGAGAAGCCUUUCCCUAAAGUGUAAUUUCAAUGGCUGCAAAACCAGCAACCUGUAACCGCCCUUUCGAAUGGCAUGACGAGGUGCAGCGGCCCAUCCAGCAUGUGUGUGUCUCUAUCUUGCAUCUACCUGCUCCUUUGGCCUAGUCAGAUGGAUGGAGAUACAGAUCCGCAUGUGUCUGUAUUCACACGGCACCACUUACGUAGAGACGCUACUGUCAGUGUCCUCAGGGGCUCCCAGGCAUCAUGCACUGCGGUACCACCUGGUCCAUUCCAUGUGAUCUAAUACUCUGACAUAAACCCAUCUGUAAUAUAUUGCCAGUAUAUAAGCUGUUUAGUUUGUUAAUUGAUUAAGCUGUAUGUCUUAUAAGAAAACAUGUAAAGGGGGAAAACACGGGGUGGGGGGAGUGAGCUCUCUUGGACCCUUGAAGAUGUAGCUUCCAAAUUUGAACUGAUUAAAUGGCACCUGUAUACC